AUGUCUCAACUCUGUCGGCUCCUCGCGUUCAUGCUCGCUGUCUCUUCGACUCUGGCAGCGUGCACAAACCCGGGCAAGCGCAGGCCAUGGCACACCCUAAGCAACGACGAGAAGCUCGAGUACAUCCACGCCGAGCUCUGUUUCAUGCAGAAACCCGCCGUCCUCGGGCUGCCCGGCCCCAGGACGAGGUUCGACGACCUGCAGGCCGUCCACCAGCGGCAGGCAUAUGCAGUGCAUUUUGUGGGCGCCUUCUUGCCCUUCCACCGCCUCUUCGUCCACGCGCACGAGACCGCCCUCCGCACCGAGUGCAACUACAGCGGCUACCAGCCGUAUGUCACCCCUUUGCCCCUAUACUGGCACGAGCAGCCAGACGCAGGACACUUCCACACAUCCGCCAUCUUCGACGCGACGUACGGCUUCGGCGGCGACGGCGACGGCGGCAACGCGCAGUGCCUCGCCACCGGCCCCUUCGCCAACUACGCCAACCCCAUCGGCCCCGCCUACGCGCUGGCCGACCACUGCAUCAGCCGCCAGAUCACCGACGCCGCCAGCCGCGCCACCGCGGCCGCCGCCGUCGACGCCUGCCUGGCCAAGCCUGACUUUGGGUCUGCCUGGCCGUGUAUUGAGUGCGUGCCGCAUGUUGGUGGGCAUUUUGGGGUUGGUGGGGAGAUGGCGAACGGCGUCUCCAGCCCCGGCGACCCCAUCUUCUACCUGCACCACGCCUGGUUGGACAAGGUGUUCUGGGACUGGCAGGCGCGAGACAGGGAGGAGCGGACGACGACGAUCAGCGGGCCGAACGUCGCGCCGGACUAUAUGCCGGGCUUCCCGCCGCGGCCGGAUUCCAUCCCACGACCUACGGGUGCGGACGGCGACCCGGGCAUGACAACGACGAUGGGGCAUGUGCUGAACAUGCUUGGCAACGGGCCGAACCAAACGGUUGCGGAUGUGAUGGAUAUCCAGGGGGAUUUCCUGUGUUAUGAGUAUGUUGAGCCCUGA